AUGAAAGAAGCCGAAUCGUCUCUUCUCGACACCUCCUGGUCCUCCGUCGUAAAACACGCCCCUCUGCUCCGCCUCAACGCCCUUGACUUCUCCGACCUAUGGGAUGACGAGGAUCUUGAGCUGGACAGCACUGAUGAAGACUCCUCCCAAACUUCGGCCAAUCAGAUUGCAGCCACACCCAUCCCCCCGCCUCCUCCCCCUUUGGCCCCGCCCCUCUCUGUAGCGAGCGAGUCAUCAGGCUGUCGCACUCUGAGGCUCCACUGGAGCGCGCUGUUGAGUCUGCAGUCUUUGCCGAGAGUGGGCCGCUUUGGGCUUCAGUCGAUCUGGGCCGGUCUGGAACCGGUUCAGCUAGACACCAAUAGACUGGAAUACCUGUUUGAGAGCAAAAGCAGCAACAACAGCGCCCUCUGCAGUCUGAUGGUGGCACGACAGCAGAAGCAGCCGCGUGUGUCUGUUUUGGGUGUGAAGCGCAGUAACAUCGUCACUAUAGCUCUGAGCAGUCUGCCGCCGGUUCACCUGCUUCCUCCUGCCAUAUACAGCAUGGACAACGAUGUACUAGACAGAGAAGACAUCCAGAGGUUGCAGAUGCUGGUUCCCACUGAAGACGAGCUGAAUCUGAUAAAGGAGGCGAAAGCUCAGGCCCCGCGGUCACCUCUGGGCCCCGCAGAGCAGUGUCUCCUGACCCUGGGCAACGUUCCUCAUCUGAGCGCCAGGCUGCAGCUCUGGGCCUUCACUCUGGACCACGACACGCUGGAGAGA